AUGGCCAGCACUCAAACAUUUGCUUCGCUCCUGCUGGUGCUUCUGGCAGUCACCACCGCGUCUGGCGCGCGCAUGCUGCGCGGUACCGACUUCUUGAUUGGCAAGGGCAAGGGCGCCGUCACCGGCGCCGCCUAUGUGGCACCUGCGGCCACGUACGUGCAGCCGGCCUACGUGCAGCCUACUUAUGUGCAGCCUGCCUAUGUGCAGCCCACUUACGUGCAGCCUGCGGUCGUCCAGCCCGUCUACGCGCAACCCGCGUACGCCCAGCCCAUUUACGUGCAGCCGACCUACACAACUGCCGCCGUGGUGGUGCCAUACGCCGGCCGCGGCAAGGGGGCCUGGGGUUUGGGCAAGGGCAAGUUUGGUCACUAA